GUUAGCCAACAAACGUACUAAUUAUUCGGGCGCUCGGCACGACGUACUAUUUUUUUCCGAGCCCUAUUAUCGCAACCAGGCACGGCUACCCAUAGGAACGAGGCAGAUCUUAUUGCCCGCUAUCGCCCCAUUGGCCCGUGAUGGUCGGAAAACUCGACCACGGUGCGGAAAACGGAAGGAAAACUAAAGUUCUGCUGUGGUUCCGUCCUGAAACACGCGAGUGAAAUCAUGUGCAUGUAAAGAAGAAAAAGGAGCGAAAUCUGCAGUGCAAUAGUUACGUAGUAAAAGAAGCGGCCGUACGUUCCUAAGACAGCUCGGCUGAUUGCAGGAGAAUGAAAACUGAAGUGUGAAAAAGUGAUUUUCCUGCGGACAGAGUGCGGAACAACGUGAGAAACACCACUUGGAUGUGUCUGUUCGGUGCACCACAACACGGAAAUCAACACAUUCGGUGCGUCACAGCGCCGCGGUAGCACUCGAUUCCAUUCGGGACAUUUACUUGGACAUCCACGUAAUGGUCGGGUCCUUUUGAUAAUCCAACUGGGCGUGAACGUUAUGGGACCCUUUCGCUCGUCGUAAACAAGCGCAGCUCGCAAGUCCAUAUAACGGGAUACCUACGCACCCUGUUUUCCAGCGGGGACUCCAGCAAAAGUCAUUUGCGUACUUUGACGACCGGGACAAGAGGUUGUAGAUGGGCUGUGAUGCAAAUGUCAGUUCAGUGAGACUAAACUAAACUAAAUAGAGUAGCAGAGGUACGGAGCCACACGCCACGGACACCCGAAACAGAUGGAACGAACGGAUUGAUGAACGAAUGCUACGAAACGGCUAACAGGAUAAAGAACGCACCACAGGCCGGGCGAAAGGCAGCCGCGACCGACUGAUGUAAUUGUUGUCAUCGGAUCGCAACGUUAUCAAUUGGCAAUGGAAAGGGAACGCGAGAGAGACCACGGUGGAAACGGUGGAAGUGGCGAGGGUCCCCGUUUAAAGCAUGCGAAGAAACAUUCACGGAAGAGUAGCAAAAAAUCGAAACGCAAACGGCGCACCUCAACGGACGUGGACGAUCUUUCGUCCGCAUCGUUUGGCGAGGAUACGGGAGGACGAGUGGUGUCCGUUGGGCGGACACGUAAAUCGGGCCGACCGAAAGUGUACGACGAUAGUAGUGGCGGGUUCGAGGACGUGGCGAUCGUUGAGUACUCCGACGUUAGUUCGGAUGAUUUUUCCGCCCCGGAAGCGGGGGAAAUAGAAACCGAUGUCACCGAUGCUGGCGAUCGAGGCGGUGGCCCCGAUGGCGAUAAUGGUGGAGGGUCGCCGCUGAGUGCCGAUGAAGUUGAUGAUGACGACGGCGCAAGCAAGCACCGUAGGCACAAAAGCCUGAAGCGCACGCAUCGCGAUGCAGGCGCCGAAUUGGCCAAACUGUCAAAGCGUUGGAACCGAUCCACAGAAAAGCGAAGCAAUACACCAACGUUGGACGAUGAUGCCGCCGGGAGCAAUCGCAGAGUCUUCAUCACUGGUAGUACAAUAGUUGCAACUUCAUCAAUCAGUAGCUCGUCCAGUCGGUCGAAACGGAUCAAUUCUAACUCGUCCGAUGCGUCAUCGAUGAAGCUCCACCGUAUGAAGCACAGUUCUACCAAGGACGAUGAACAACGGAGUCGAGCAAAGGUUCGUAGGGAAAAGAUGCAGGAGGCGAGUCCUAUGCUUGAGGAGGAUGAAGAGGAAGACGACGAAGAAGCUGCAAUGGAACGCGAAGACUACACGGGCGACGAUAGUAGGGCACAGGAUGCCAGAAACGCAACGAUCAAUGCCGUAGAGCUGGAGGAUGAGGACGACGACGAUGUUGAGGACGAUGAGGACGAAACGGCCGCUGCGUCUAGUCGGCGGCGAAAGAAAAAUAAAAAGGAAAAAAAACAUAAAAAGAACAAAAAGACUAAGAAGCGAAAAAAGAAGCAGCGCACCAAAUCCAUCUCAAGUGUAGAGACCAUAUCUGAAAGCGAAGACUCACUGCUGGAAUCGUUGACGCCACCAUUGAAGCAGUCAUCGCCCUACGGAGCCCCCGACGUUGGCCCCAAGUCCUAUACGCCAGUUCACAAUGAUAGCAGUCUCACCCCUGUGUCACCCGGAACCCCUCCUUUGUUAGAACUUCACCAUUCAACACGCCACUUGCUGAACAGUCCGUACGAUCGGGACGUAACGGUACGCAGUCACAGUUCUGUGGAACACGACCGCGAUCGUGAUCGCGAUCGAGACCGCGACCGCUCCUCGAACGCAACGGGCGGUAGUGGAAGUGUUAGCAGCCGCAAACUCUACAUCUCGUCGCCCCACACUCCGCCGGUCGCUGGCCAUAAAAAGGUUGUCUCUUCGUCUUACCAGGAGCGCUGCCAGCAACAUCUCGGGAGCCCUAUCGAUCUGGAUAGUCCUCCGCCAUCAGUACUGCACCACAGCAGAGGAGGUAGCUACCGAGAUAGCAGCAGGCGACGCAGUCAAUCAACCGAUCGAAGGCACACCCUCCGGAGGACGCCUUCGCCAAAUGGCAGACAUAAACCGUACACUCCGCCACCGUCGAAGCGCCGUCGUGAUCGGUCGCCGCCAGAGAAAGACUACUACCGGAAAGAUGGACGAAGCCACAGUAAACGAGAACGUGACUCUGACGACCGGGGGAGGGGAGGUGACACGCAGAAGCGAUAUAGUUUAAGAAGUCCGAGUCCGAGCAGCACUCGGCGAUCGCGAAGGACACCAUCACCGGUGGUGACAGGUGGUGCCGGUGGUAGUAGAUCCAGGUCUUCACGUAAAGGGUACUACAGUCCGUCGCCUGAUCGUGGAACCGGUGGUGGUGGUGGUGGGGGUAGUAGCUACUCAACGUCUCGUUCGCGGCAUCGCUCACGAAGCCCUCGUCGAUCGCCGCCUGCGUCCGCCAGCAAGCGUUUCUCGAGCAGCCGAUCGCGCUCACCGCAGAUGCCUUCCGCGAAAAAGUUCGACCUGCAGGAAAAAAUCACCGACACCAGCUUUUUCGCCGAGCUCAUCAAGGAUAAGCACAAGCGCAAGAAAACCCUGCAGGAAAUUUUGGAGAACAAAGAGAAACAUGACGCUCCGAGCAGCAGCAGUAGUAUGGCUACUCUAAACGUCCAUACCGGUGGCAGUGUAUCAACGAUUGACAACGAAAACAGUGUCUCGAACGAUUGCAUCUCCGUGGGAGAAGGUAAUAAUGGUGGCCUGGGAUCGAACUCGAAUGGGUUCAAAGACGGCAACAGUGCCGAUGUUGGUACGCUUGCAUCGAACCUAAUCGAUAUACCAAUGCCGGCAGUAGAGACGGGGCCACGAAGCGAUCAGGUCGAUUCUCGUAGUUCUCUGUCCUGUCGUAUCGAUGUCAUUGGCGGUGGCAGUGGUCACUGCUAUGACGGGACCGUUAACAGCAAUGGGACGAACGCAACCUUCGACAGCACGGUUCCUGACUCACGAAUACCUGUGAUAAUGAACAGCGGCAGUAACGCUACGCAUCCUCAUCAAAAGCCCGUUUCCGCCAUCGCUACCAACGAGCCACUGACGAGCAAAGUCGACCUGACGAUGUCCGCAUCAAUGGACGCGGGCAAUCACAGUGCGAACCUCACUGGCACCCCCAUUUUGAAACCAAAAAGUCUCACCAAACUCCCAAUGCCACCGGGAGUGAACGUUGCCGAGCUGGUCGGUGCACAAACACCAAGUCCACCCGGACCCAUUAGCCCUGUGGCCAUGAGUAUGAAAGUAAUGGCCAUUCCUACCCUAACGACAACUGGCGGUGUACCGCAACUGGCCGUUACCGGUGCUGCCAGCAAACAGUUGCAAUUGCGAGGUGAUCAAGCAGCGAAAACUGGCAGUAGCAAUGUAGCGGCAAUGGCCGGCGCGUCUACCACGAUCGUUGGAAGCAACACUGGAAGCACUAAAAAAGGUUUACUAAAUCUACCAAUGCCACCGAUGGUACCAGGCUCGGAAGAUUUAAGCGGUGACGAAGAGCUGGGCUCUCCAAUACUUUCCAGCCAUCGCGAUGCAUCGGCGCAAAAGCAGUCCUCUUCUGGUCACAACAACAAUAACAAUAAUAACAAUCUCAACAAUCGCUACAAGAUUGGCAGCACGGCCUCGACAACGCCGGCACAGACCACGGGCGCUGCAAAACCUACCGCGCUUCAGCCGAGGCCAAGAAUUUUGAACAGGCGCCAUUCGCGCAGUAUGACAGCACCUAUGUCAGCUUCCGGCGGUAAAGAUUGGGGUGAACGAUGCGUCGAAGUGUUCGAGAUGUUGGACCAGAUAGGUGAAGGAACGUAUGGUCAGGUUUACAAAGCGAAAGAUCAGCAAACGAAAGAGUUGGUCGCGCUGAAAAAAGUUCGGCUUGAACAUGAAAAGGAGGGCUUCCCCAUCACGGCAGUGCGAGAGAUCAAGAUUCUCCGCCAGUUGAACCACAAGAAUAUAGUGAAUUUGAGGGAAAUCGUAACGGACAAGCAGGACGCCCUAGAGUUUCGCAAGGACAAGGGAUCGUUUUAUCUGGUGUUCGAGUACAUGGAUCAUGACCUGAUGGGACUGCUCGAGUCAGGUCUGGUGGACUUCAACGAGCAAAAUAAUGCCAGCAUAAUGCGCCAACUGCUGGAUGGCCUGAACUAUUGCCACAAGAAAAACUUCCUACACCGGGAUAUCAAGUGUUCCAAUAUUCUAAUGAACAAUCGCGGAGAAGUGAAACUUGCUGAUUUUGGUUUGGCGCGACUCUACAACGCGGACAAUCGGGAGCGCCCGUACACGAACAAGGUGAUCACGCUGUGGUACCGACCGCCAGAAUUGCUGCUCGGUGAAGAACGCUACGGUCCAGCGAUAGAUGUUUGGAGUUGUGGCUGCAUUCUUGGUGAACUGUUUCUGAAGAAACCGCUCUUCCAAGCGAAUCAGGAACCGGCCCAGCUGGAGAUGAUUUCACGCCUCUGCGGAACACCCACGCCGGCUGUUUGGGCGAACGUCAUUAAGUUACCACUGUUUCAUACACUGAAAUCGAAGAAACAGUACCGACGCAAGUUGAGGGAAGACUUUAUGUUCAUGCCCACACCUUCGCUCGAUCUACUCGACAGCAUGCUGGUUUUGGACCCCGACCGACGCGUCACCGCCGAGGAUGCGCUGAAGUCGAGUUGGUUAAAGAAUGUGAUACCUGACCAAUUGGCACCUCCGAAAUUGCCCACGUGGCAGGACUGCCACGAGCUGUGGACUAAGAAAAGGCGACGACAGCUUCGCGAACAACAGGAGUCAGCGCAAAACCUUCCGCCCGGCAAGCCAUCUGGUAGCACCGUCAAGAUGGAUGGUAUUAUGGGUGUUCCUGGUGUAGGCGGCAUUGCACCGGCAAGUGUGAAUAUGCUCUAAAUUACACCAAGUAGGGCGUUUUAAGCACCGUGGUACCAAAGGGGCGGUUAGAGGUUAUCACAUCAAGCAACGUUUCUGGAUGUCGGGUAAAGCAAAGUUUUCGUACUCUAGAAACAAGCAAAUUGGCUCCCACGAAACUUUUGCCCAGGUAGUCCACUUCCUUCCACGUGAUCACUUCGUAAUGGUGGUCUGCGGUCCAUACUAUAGGGAACAAUUAGGUUUUUAUUUUCAUGUUAUUUUUCUUUCCUUUUACCUUCUUUGAAAAAUGUACAUACAUAUGGAAAUGAAUGUACAUCGCACUCAUGUACAUAUUUGGAUGUAUCGUUGCUCGUACUAUAGUGGGCAUACAUACUUUAUACACGUAGAAAGAGUACACAAUGGCUUUUAGUCUUACUGAUAAAAAGCACCCUAUGUCACCUGAAUGAAAAAGGCGCUGACUGAAAACAUUGUCAAUAGUCAAUAUUCGAUUGGUCGGAAAUCCGAUCUCUCUCCGUUUUUCGUUUUCCUUCCGUAAAAUCCGGAUACGUCGCUCAACCUUGAUGCCUCUCCUACAUUAUUGUAUAAAUUUGUGCGAAUAAUAGACGGACUAAAAAGUACGCGAUAAGUAAUAAUACCACAAGGUCUCCCUCCGCCCGAAAGGGGUGCAGUGGAUCAAAGGAGGGUGCGUGCUUGCAUUAUCAUUUACUUAUAUAAAUUUUCAUCUGCACACUGCAGUCUCCAUAAGGCGAACAAGCUAAAAUAAUUUCCGUAAGGCAGCGAGCACAACCUGCCCCACCGUGUGCCCAAAAGACCCUCGAAGCAGCAAAUGGCAGAUCAAGCAGCAUCGUGAAGUGUCUUAGGAAUUUAAAAAAACAAAACUAGCAAAACAGGUAGACACUGAGAAAACGAAAAGGAAGGGCGUUACAUCGAUUGGCGUGUUUUGUAUCGAGGAAUGUGGGAUCGCCGGAAAGCUUUAUUGCGUCCUCGUCCAUCUUAACGGGAGGCCAGUUUCAUCGGUGUACUGCGGAUUAAGAAAUAUAUUGAAGGUAUCAUUGAAUAGAAAACGGAAUUGGUUCAUUUGAUCGAAAGGAAGUGUUUGCCGUGAAUUGUGAAGUUGUUCAAUCGAUUGAAAGAACUGAGUUUUGUUCGACAACAACACGGCUUAUCGGAUACGGAUACUGAACCAAGAGUGGUAGGGUAAGAAAUAUCAAUAACUUCAAUAAAACUAUGAAAGGUGCAACGGAGCAGUUGCGUGACUGAUUGAGACGGCGCCACCUCGCGUUUAUCAAGCAAGUGGCUAGCUAGUGGCGAAAGUUUCACAGAGAAUAACGAACGAAAAAGUACGCAAAUAAAACA